AUGGGAACUGAGACAGCACCAUCGCCGAAACGGAUAAAGCUCGAUGACAAUAGCGCACGAGCUGAGCCCGGCUCGGAUGCGCCACUCGACCAGCCCACUGUCGCACCAUCAACGGAGACGGAGGUGCAGGAGGGCGAACAGGCAGCCGUAGUUACAGCCGUCGUUGACUCGACGCCCUCGCUCGAGGAGCCUGAGGCCGAGCGAUGGAUACACCUCCAGUUCACGUGGUCUGGCAAGCAAUUCAAGCUGGACAUUGCAGAGUCAGACCGCGUCUUUGACCUGAAGGCUAUGUUGCAAAGCUUGACCGACGUGCCGCCAGAGCGACAGAAGAUCCUUGGAUUGGUCAAGGGGAAGCUGCCUCCUGAUGAAGAGAGAUUAGGGGACUUGAAAUUAGUGAGCGGGAAGAAGUUUACUCUUGUGGGAACACCUCAAGGCCAUGAGAUCAAAGAUCCAUCCCAACUCGAGUAUCUGCCUGACGUCUUUAACGACCUUGAUGUCGACUUCUCGGCGAAUCCUGCCGCAGCACUGGCGUAUAUGAACGACCAGCGUAACCUUCGCAAGAUUCGCGAACAUAGCAAGAAGUUAAAAGUCGACAUCAUCCAUCCACUACGAGAGGGCAAGCGGCUUCUUGUGCUCGACAUUGAUUAUACCAUAUUGGAUACGAAGCCCCUAACAUCUGGCGCUUUGCCACCUCAUGAAUGCGCUCGACCUGGCUUGCACCAGUUCCUUGAAGCAGUAUACCCAUACUACGACAUUUGUAUCUGGCACGUCAUCCCGUCUCAGACAAGUUGGAUAUGGCUCGAAACGAAGCUCGUUGAGCUAGGAAUGCUGGGCUCCGCGCCUCGCAAUUACCAGAUAUCGUUCGUCCUAGACAAGACAUGCAUGUUCACGGUUUUCUCCAUGCGAGAAGGUAAACAAUAUAAGCACUCGGUAAAGGCAUUGCAGAUCAUAUGGAACCAUUUCCCCCAAUUUAAUGCAAGUAACACCGUCCAUGUCGACGACUUGGGCCGCAACUUCGCAUUAAAUCCUAAUCAAGGAUUGAAGAUACCUGCGUUCAAGGAUGCACAUAUGCCCCAAUCCAGAUCGGAUCAGGAGCUUGAUAAGGUCGCACGCUAUAUGAUUUACAUCGCCAACACGCAAGAGGACUUCAGCAAGAUAAAUCACAAGGAUUGGCGGCUCAUCGAGCGCGCGCUUCCGCCGGCUUAAGCGCAGCAAAAGUCGGACUCCGUUGCGACUGUUACUCAUGGGCGUAAAUAUCUUCCAUACCUCGGCUUGCCACUGGAGUCUAGCACUUACCUUCCGGAGCACUCUAUCACUGUAUUUUCUUGGUCUCAUCUCACGGACAAAUGCGAUGUAUCAUAGUAUCUUCCUAGCAUGGAGAUUUUGUACACGGGCUUCAUAUACAACUGUUGUUAUAUGGGUACCGAUGUUUUGGAAUAUAAACAUCGGUAGGCGUCGAUUUGCUCAA